AUGUAUUGGGAAACUACCGUGAAGCAGAAAAGGGAGGAUCGCGAUGGUGCCAUCCAGAGCUGCGAGGCUCAGCUCCCCGCGGUAACCGAUGAGAGUAUCGUGCCAGAACAUGCCAAUAUUUCUUCCCUUCUCGAUCAAUUGAAGACCGGAAAGAUAACAGCAGAGAAUCUAGUCUCUGCUACAAUCCGAAGGGCCAUCGCUUCACACAAUGAGACAAACUGCCUCAGCGAACCUCUUUUUGAAAGCGCACUUGAACGCGCAAAAUCUCUCGAUGAGUACUUCCAAAAACAUAAGCAGCUCAUUGGUCCUCUCCAUGGCAUUCCAGUAUCAGUAAAAGACCAAUUCAACAUCGCUGGGCUCGAUACGACCCUGGGCUAUGUCGGUCGCUCAUUCAAGCCCGCCCGCGACAAUGCAGUCAUGGUGACUAUUCUUGAAAAGCUAGGUGCAGUCAUCAUAACCAAGACCGUUAUCCCUCAGAGCAUCAUGUAUGGCGAGACCGAAAGUCCUCUCUGGGGACUCACUACAUAUCCUGGAAGACCCGAGCUUUCGCCAGGCGGUUCAUCUGGUGGAGAGGCUACGCUGAUGCGAAUGUCUGGAUCACUUGGAGGCUGGGCAACUGACAUUGGAGGCUCAAUCCGCGUCCCAAGUCAUCUCUGCGGCCUUUUUGGGUUGAAGCCUUCGUCUGGUAGGUUCUCAUACUCUGGUGCAGCAAAUUCUCAUGAGGGGCAGUCUCAUGUUCCUUCAUCAAUUGGUCCAAUGAGCCCAACGCUCUCUAACCUCAUCGCUUUAACCAAAGAAUGUCUACUCGCAGAACCAUGGAAGCUUGACCCGAACGUGGUUCCAAUUCCAUGGCGACAGGCCGAUUUUGAGGCCGUGCAGAAGCGAAAACUCACCAUUGGUAUCAUUCUCGACGAUGGGGUUGUGCGACCUCACCCAGAAAUCCAAGAAGCGGUCCGCCGGGCAGUGGCAAUCUUCGAAAAGGCAGGGCAUAAAGUCAUUCCCUGGAGUACAGCAGACCACUCAAGCUGCAUCGAGAUCCAGGAUCAGUUCUACCGUGCUGACGGUGGAGAGGAUAUCAAGACUGAAGUCGCUGUUGCAGGCGAGCCGAUGAUUGCCCAUGUCGAAGCGCUCGUCAAAUCGUCCAAACCGAUAUCGGUGUAUGAAUACUGGCAACUCAAUCGCCGAAAGACAGCAGCACAGGAGGCUUACAACAAGAAAUGGACUACGACUGCUGGUCUAGAAAAUGGAGAAUGUGUCGACGUUAUAAUCAGUCCUGUGUCGCCUCAUACAGCUGUUACGCAUAGGUCAAGCAGAUGGACUGGUUACGCCAAGAUAUGGAACUUUCUCGACUACACAGCUAUGUCGUUCCCUUUUGCAGAAUUCGGAAGCUCUGAGGAUCCAACAUCCUAUCUACAUGAUUACGCGCCGCGCAAUGCCAUUGAUGAGUGGAUAAGGGGCCUUUAUAAUCCCGAAGCAAUGAAAGGGCUUGACAUUGGUGUACAGAUCAUUGGAAGGAGGUAUGAAGAGGAAAAGGUCUUGGGCGUAGCAUCAUUGUUAGAAAAGCUCAUCAGAGCUUGA